UUUGGUGCUGAUUUUUUAAUUUCUAGAAAUUCAAGAAAUGUGGAUUUGAUUGUUAUUUAUAUCGGAUGUGAAGAAAAUCAUAGAGUACAAGUCAGUAAAGAUAAGAUUGUUGUUUACUUCAUAAUUUUAAGAGGUCUAAGGAAAACCUACGAGGAUUGUUGUCAUGUUCGAGUGAUUCUAAAAGGAUUGGGUGUUAAAAUCAAUGAAAGAGAUGUAUUGAUACAUUUGAGGUUCAAAGAGGAGCUGAAAGAAUUGCUGGGAAAUGAAUACAGUAGAGGGAGAUUUCCUAGAAUAUUUUUAGGCAAAAAAUACAUUGGUGGAGAUGAUGAAAUACGGCAAAUGAAUGAGGAUGGAAAGCUCAAUAAGUUCAUUGAAAACUGUGAAAUACUAGAGGAUGGUGUUGUAAUUGGAGGUUAUAAUUGUGAGGCCUGUGGAGAUAUUAAAUUUGUACCAUGUGAGACAUGUUCGGAGAGCUGUAAAAUUUAUUAUGAAGAAGAAGAAGAAGAAGAAGAAGAAAAAAUUAAAGACGAUGAAUUUGGCUUCCAGAGAUGUCCAGAUUGUACUGAAAAUGGGCAUAUUCGUUGUCCAUUUUAAUUUGUUGUGAUUAAGGUUGAUCACAAAAUAAUCUUGGUCUUCUUUUUUUUACCUUAUUUUGUUUGUAUUAUUUUUUUCUUUUUGGAUGAUGUUUGUUGUACAGU